GUGCGGGGCGGUCCUGGCCCGGCCUAUAUAUUGGGUUGGCGCCGGCGCCAGCUGAGCUGAGCUGUACUGUACGGUAGCGGGUCUGGUGAGGCUUCAAACACCUAAAAGAAGAGAAUGUCAAGACGCAGUAGCCGUUUACAAGCUAAGCAGCAAGCCCAGCCCAGACAGUCUGACUCCCCCCAAGAAGCCCAGAUCUUCCAGGUCAAGAAGAGAAAAACAGCACAGGAUGUCAAAAAGAGAAAAGAGGAGCAGGUCACCAAGAAACAUCAGUAUGAGAUUAGGAAUUGUUGGCCACCUGUAUUAUCUGGCGGAAUCAGUCCUUGUAUUAUCAUUGAAACACCUCAUAAAGAAAUAGAAACAAGUGACUUCUCCAGAUUCACAAACUACAGAUUUAAAAAUCUUUUUAUUAAUCCUUCACCUUUGCCAGAAUUAAGCUGGGGAUGUUCAAAGGAGGUUUGGCUAAACAUGUUACAAAAGGAGAGCCGGUAUGUUCAUGACAAACACUUUGAAGUUUUACAUUCUGACUUGGAACCACAGAUGAGGUCAAUUCUUCUAGACUGGCUUUUAGAGGUAUGUGAAGUAUACACACUUCAUAGGGAAACAUUUUAUCUUGCACAAGAUUUUUUUGAUAGAUUUAUGUUGACACAAAAGGAUGUUAAUAAGAAUACACUUCAACUCAUUGGAAUUACCUCAUUAUUCAUUGCUUCCAAACUUGAGGAAAUCUACGCUCCAAAACUCCAAGAGUUUGCUUAUGUCACUGAUGGUGCUUGCAGUGAAGAUGAUAUCUUAAGGAUGGAACUCACUAUUUUGAAGGCUUUAAAGUGGGAACUUUGUCCUGUAACAGUCAUCUCCUGGUUAAAUCUCUUUCUACAAAUUGAUGCUGUUAAAGAUGCUCCUAAAGUUCUUCUACCUCAGUAUUCUCAGGAAACAUUCAUUCAAAUAGCCCAGCUUUUAGAUCUGUGUAUUCUAUCCAUUGACUCAUUAGAGUUCCAGUACAGUAUAUUGGCUGCUGCUGCCUUAUGCCAUUUUACCUCCAUUGAAGUGGUUAAGAAAGCCUCAGGUUUGGAAUGGGACAGCAUCUCAGAAUGUGUAGACUGGAUGGUGCCUUUUGUCAGUGUGGUAAAAAGUACAAGUCCAGUGAAACUGAAGACUUUUAAGAAGAUACCUAUGGAAGACAGACAUAAUAUCCAAACGCAUACAAACUAUUUGGCUCUGCUGGAGGAAGCAAAUUAUGUAAACACCUUCAGAAAAGGAGGACAAGUGUCACCAGUGUGCAAUGGAGGCAUUAUGACACCACCGAAGAGCACCGAAAAACCACCAGGAAAACACUAAAGUUGUUAACAAAGCCAGCAAGUUGGAACUGACCAAGUACUGGGCAGAAUUUCAUACAUCUGAACUAAAGAAUUAUAGGAAACUAGUGCUGUGAUUGCCAAUUUAAAAGUUAUACCGCUGUUACUUUGAUUUUAAAACGGGCACGAAAGAAAUUUACUUUCUGAAUUAGCUGUUAAAACAGCAGGACUUGUUUACAAGACUUCAUUCACAAGGUUACUGAAAUGAAGCCUGCCACAAUUUAUGCCAUGUCAAUUGUGGGUUUUUGUUUGGGAAUCCAGUGUUACUACAUUUAUCUUGAUAAACUAGGAAUUUUAUCAUUGGAGUUUUGGACUAGACAUCUGCUACCUUACCAGGGUAGGUAAGUAAUACAAUACUUUGAACCUCGCUUUUAAGAUUCUCAGAAUUCCUAUCUUCUUGACUAGUGCAAUCUGCUUACUGAAAAUAAAAUUUAAACUUGUUUACAAAGAUUUAUUUUGUAAUAAGGUGACUAAUUUAUCAGAAGUGCUGUAACAAGCUAUGAUAAAACUUGAAUUUACACAAAUGGUGAGAUUUACUCUGUUUGUAAGCUACUUUAUUUACCUUGCAGUAACAUUUUUUAAUCAGUAUGGCUUUGGAUGAACCUGAUGUUUAAACUGCUCUAAAUAGGGGAAGAACCAAAGAAAAUUAAAAAAUGCUUUGGCUCCUAUUGGGGCUUUGGCAGAUAGGUUGCUUUAUAAUAAUAUUCUUUUGAGCAUCAUAAUUUGGGUAAAAAACAAGUAAUUUUUCAAACUAUAUGAGAAUGUCACUUUAUCGCUCUUAAGACAUCCCUAAGAAUUUUUAUUUGGCUAUGGUUUUGUUUGCAAAACUGCUAAGAUCCAUUUUAAGUUCCUGCAUUAUGAGACAAAACUAGUAUCAAAAGUGAUAAAAGUUUAACACUCAACCUAAAGUUAUUUUUCUUAAGGCAGUAAAAUAUCCCACAGAAAUUUAUUUAUUUAAACUUGCUGUAUAUACAUUAGCUACUUAUUCAUACAUGUUCUAGAUUAACCAUUUUUAAAGGAAUUUUAGCCACAUAAACUAGAUUUAAUUAGGAAAAAUAGUAUACUAGAUUGCUAGUGUUAUUAGACAUGUGACUCGACUCUUUUGAAGAAAUUGUAA